ACAGCUCAUGAAAGCUCAUUGUAAGGAGUAAGACAACCAUCCCAGUUAGGUAAGGCAUGAUGUUGUUGGGCAGCGCUGUUGUUUUGCUGGUGCUCUAUGUGCAGCGCCUUCAUGGCUCUGCCCUUCCUGCCGUGUCGUCCUAUGAGUUCACCGCCUUCAGGAUGCAGCAGUACAACUUUGCACAGCAGAAACAUGGCUGCCGUGAAGCCAUAGUUGUGGCGGAGGCCCGCUCUGCUGAUGAACCAUCACUGACCCGUCGUUGUGUCAUCAUGAAGGUUCAAGACUUUACUGUGGAGAAAUACUUUGAGGCACUAAGACAGAAUGCUGCUGCCAUCCUGAUAUUAUUGCCAAGAAAUAUCUCCAGCAUUCCACAUGAGACAGUAAAGUCCUUUAUGGUGAGUGAGAACGAGGCCUUGCAGAAGGAGACGCUAACUCCAGUCUAUGUUGUUCCUGAGGAUGAACAGUUACUUUACAUGUAUGAGGAGGUGAAGCAGGCUGCAGCCUCACGGACCUCAUCCAUAUUUGUCAGAGUCCUCCGAAGUAUGGUCACAGCUACGGCUUUUCAGAUCUUUGUGAGCAACAACAAUGCCAUUAAGGCCAUCUCUGACAACACAGUAGUCACACUGGAGGGCAUGCUGCCUGGAAAAGGAGAGGACGCUCCCACUAUUGUCAUCACCGCCCACUAUGACUCAUAUGGUCUUGCUCCGUGGUUGUCAUACGGAGCAGACUCUAAUGGAAGUGGAGUCACCAUUCUGCUGGAACUAGCUCGUCUCUUUCAGAAACUCUACAGUAGUUCCAGCACCAGACCACAAUAUAAUCUAAUGUUUUCCUUGACCGGAGGAGGAAAAUACAACUUCCUUGGCACAAAGAGAUGGAUUGAGGAGAAUCUUGAUCAUGCAGAGUCGAGCCUGCUCCAUGACAAUGUGGCUUUUGUCAUGUGUUUGGACACGCUUGGCAAAGGUGAUGAACUGUACUUGCACACGUCUCGCCCUCCGAAGCCUGAUUCUCCUCUGAACUCUUUUGUUCAGCAGCUGGAGGAGGUGGUGUCGUCAAGAUUUCCCUGGGUGAAGGUGGGACUGGUUCACAAGAAGAUCAAUCUCGUGGAAUCAACAGUGCCCUGGGAGCACGAACGCUACAGCCUACGGAGGAUCCUGGGCUUCACUCUGUCCCAUGUUGAAGACCCUAAAUCUGGGCUUCGUGGCUCUAUACUGGACACAUUGUCCCAAGUGGAUUUUAGAAAACUUAAGCGAAACGGCAUCAUCAUAGCAGAAGCGCUGGCCCGGUAUAUGUACAAUCUUUCAGAUAAGGGUUCACCAAAGGAUGUUCAACUUUUUAAGGGUCAGUUGGACUUUCAGGACAGUCGCAUGUCAAGUUUGAUGUCCUUUUUGACCUCAGUGCCUCGGGCAGCCCAGCUGCUGCACAAGGAGCCCGCUCAGAUCCUGCUGGUCAACUCACUGGAGCACGAGUUCAAGCACUACCUGCACAACGUACACAGACACACCUUUCGACAGGACAAGAGGGACCCUGAUGUCACAUUUUUUGAUCAAAUGAACCAACCAAUUGUGAUGUACAGGGUGAAACCAGCUGCGUUUGACCUCUUCCUAGGAGGAUGCAUCACUGCAUAUUUGGCGAUUGUUUACUAUUCAAUACAGAACUUUGGGCAUCUGUACUCUAAACUUAAAGCUGCAGUGAAAACCAAAUAUCAGUGAAAGCUUCAAGGAUCCGAGGAAGAAGCUCAUGACUGGAGCCUGCAUCACAGCAUGGAUGUUCUCACAGUAAAAAAAAAAAGUGCGCCUCUGUGUCAGGU